AUGUUCGAGUCUGAUGAUUAUGACGAGAUUCUAUCUCAAAUUGAAUUGCCACAGACAAGUUUAGCAUUAAAUUUAGAAGUUUCAAAUGAACCAACGAAAAAUAAAGAAAAUGAGAAAAAUAUUUCAAAUGAGUGUUUGUCAACAUUAGAAAACAGGGAAGAUAUUGUAUCUGUUAACAAAUCUGGUAGAGUAAUAGAAGACAGUCUACCUUUGAAUAACUUAUCCGCAAAACACUCAAAAAGAAAAAUUAUAAAUAGUCACUUUAAUCAAAAGAGUAAAAGAAAGUUUCCUGGCCCAGCUGGUUUGUUAACAGGAACACUUGUGGAGACAAAAGAUGACUCUGAGGGUCAUUUAGAAGUACUUUCACAGGAUAUUGAUUUCACUCAAAAUUGUUUGAGCCAUGAGAUUUGGGAGUCUCCUCUAUGGAAGCGACUUUUAGAAGACACAAAAAGCUUAGGAAUAAUAAAUACUAUUAAAUCUAUCAAACUACAAGCUGUUGCGGGAAAUCUUCAAAAAAAGAAAGCUGAAAUUGUUACAGCUUUCAUUGAAAGUGUUGAUAGAUCUGCAAUUGAUCCACUGAUUAUUAUAAAAGAUGAUACUGAUAGAAUAAAAUGCACACUUCAUAGAGAUGCAUGGAAUGCCUUUUCAUCAUACAUAGUAUCUGAAUAUUGUGCUCUAGUUUUAACAAAGCCAACCGUCCUUACUACUGGAAGUGCUUUCAAAAAACAUUAUUUAAAUAUAACACUUAGUAACAUCUGGGCUAUCUAUAGUUCAGCUUUGAUAGAUAAAGAUGAAUCAUUGCCAGAAGACUGUGAAAAAAUAAAUGAAGCUACCUUUACUAUUAUAAAGAUGGAAAGAAAUGGAAUAGAACCAAAUGAUUCAGCCAUCAAUAAGGAAAACUUUGAAUUACUAGAUGAUCUAGAUAACAUAUUUUCUGAUGAUAUUUUUUAA